GCGGCGGCGUUCAGUCAUCUGGCUUGUUCGGCGAAGUACAGACGCGCGCAACGAUUGUCGCGCUCUGCAGUUGCGAACUUUGUCUAGUGAAGUUUCAAAUAAAAACAUGACAAAUUGUGAAGUUCACGGUUUCAGUUUACAAUAUGUGUAUUGAACUUGUGGAAAUUAUCAACUUUUAUUUUUAAUACUGUGACUAAUGAAUGGAGUGAAUAAAGCAUUUUGAUGCUCUCGACAACACCAGAGCCGAUACAAAAGACUCAUCAUGAGUCCCAUCAGUGAGGUGGCCAAUUUGACCGGCAACACCUCAGAGCCAGUUGACCCCACGGUCAUCUUCGGCCCACAAAGAGACUCCCUCUUCAUCGUACUACCUGUCACUAUCGUAUAUGCACUUAUAUUCAUAACCGGGCUACUAGGCAACAUAUUUACAUGCCUAGUUAUAGUCCGGAACAAAAGUAUGCACACGGCAACAAAUUAUUAUUUAUUUAGUUUAGCUAUAUCAGAUCUCCUCUUACUUAUAAGUGGAAUGCCUCAGGAGAUGUAUUCUAUAUGGUCGAAAUGGCCGUAUGUGUUUGGACACAGUUUUUGUGUGAUUAGAGGUUUAGCAGCUGAGGCGUCUACGAAUGCCAGUGUUUUGACGAUAACUUUAUUUACUGUAGAGAGAUAUUUAGCAAUAUGCCACCCGUUUGUUUCACAUAAGAUGUCGAAGCUUUCACGAGCAACGAAGCAUGUGAUGUUUCUGUGGGUGGCGGCGGUGGGGCUGGCGCUGCCUCAAGCUCUGCAGUUCGGGCUCCUGGAGCACAGCGGAGUGACCAUGUGCCUGCAGACGAGGGUCAUCAUAGAACACUCGUUUGAAAUCUCAACAUUUUUCUUCUUCUUCGCGCCGAUGAUCCUCAUCACAGUGCUAUACUCACUGAUAGGGCUGAAACUGAGGGAAACGAAUAUAAGCAAAGAACAAAGUCAGAAAGAUUUCGACACCAGUAUGAGAUAUACGCAUAAAAUCAGACGGAAACACAGCCAGUCCACGAGGAGAGUCGUCAAAAUGUUAGUGGCAGUCGUCGUGGCGUUUUUCAUUUGUUGGGCGCCAUUCCACGCGCAGCGUCUGGUCGCCAUAUACGGAACCACUGAGAACCAUUACGCGCGCUCUCCGAUUCUCCUCUCCGUGUACUCUCUGAUCACGUACAUUUCUGGAGUGUUCUACUACAUGUCCACGUGCAUCAACCCAAUAUUCUACCACAUCAUGUCCAAUAAGUUUAGGGACGCUUUCAAGAACUCCAUGAUGUUAUGGUGCUGCCGCUCCAACGAGAAGGCAACGGCUAAGCGUUGCUCGUACACGGCUAUGGCCUUCCAACGGAACCCCACUUCCAGCGGUACUGUUAACUCAGGUAAUUCAUUGAAAAACUCGUUGCGACAUGAGACGAGUAUUCGCUACAAGUCGCGGCCCCACGACGUGCGGGACCGGUGCGUGCCCACAGUGCACGUGUGCCACAACGGCAGGACCAUCGUCACGCCGCCCCUCCACGACUACAGGACCUGCAGCAAGCACUCCUUCCAACACGCCAUGAAGGAGGAAAUCAUCAAUAACAGACACUCGUACUUAGACACAGCAAUGCGCCUCGCGAACGAAAAGCGAAGACCUUGCUCACCAGUGUGCUGCACCUACCCCUCGUCCCCAACCGAGACUAUCACAGUCACACCCGACGCAUUAGUCAAUAACAUCGCAGAAGAAAAGAGAGAUUACUCCGCAGACGAACCAGAGAAGUACCUCAAAGAGAUCAAGCUAAGAAUAAUACAACGUGAGAAAGAGUAUGGAUAAAAUUAUAUGUAAAUGUGGACUUUGAAAUAAGCCAACCAAAUGAGAACAAUUUGUCAAUUUCUCUACGUCGAAUUAUGUAUAUAGUAAUUUUAGUGGCGUAUAGAUAUACAAAAACCACAAGUGCGUAAUAAUUUUAAGCUGGGUUCAGGAUACAGUUAAUGUACAUAUAAUAUUAUAAGUAUCUCGUAUGAAUUUUUAAACAUUGUGUUGUUUAUUAAACUAAACUUGAACCGUUUAACAAAACGUUCGUUUAGGUAUUGAAUUAAAUAAUUCUACCAACUUUUCUAGUGUAUGCUGCGGCAGCAAUAAGCAUUUAAAAUUGCAAUGUAGGGGCAUUAUAUUACUUGAUUAUUAAUAAAAAGUCAUGUUUUUAUUCUAACAAAACAACCCAUGACCAGAUAAUGAAUAUUGGACUAAUUUUGAUGGCAGUUCUGCGGGCAAAUCUUUUCAUCAUGAAAUUGACAGUUUGAAAAAGGUGAAAAAAUAAAUAUGAUAUGGUUAUAGGUACACUUUACGAAACAGAUAUAUAAAAAAUCUUACGAAUUUAUUACUCAUAGUGAUUGUUAACAAUUUAGAAAGAUAAAUAUUUGCGGUUCCUACGCGUAAUUAUUUAUAACGAGCUUAACUACACCUUCGACAUAUUAUAUGGACGUGAAAAUCAAUAAGAUCAACAAUAUCCUUGCCGUGUAUUAUACUCAUAAUAAUCUUGACAUAACUUAAUAAAUCACUUGACGUUUCUGAGGCGACAAAUUACGAACUUUUGCUGUCUACCUAGCCGACAAUGUAAACUUUCGCUGAAUUCGAAACUUUUGCUUAAUUAGAGUAAUUUCAAACAAAACAAAUUUAUGUUAUGAAAUAUCUAUAAAUACCCCAAAUUGUAGGUUAAUUAACCACUUUCGCAUAAUACAACUAUCAAGUCACAGCUUAAUAUACCUAAUUAAAUGUUACAGCGUAAUAUCCAUUAAUGGUUUUUCCAAAACAUAAUAAAAUUCCCGUCAAAUAAAUACAAUAAGGUAUCACAAGGUAGGACUAAUGAAAGACAUCUAGAUUUAUGUCUAGAAAUACCACAUGCUGUAGGUAAAUCAACCUGUAGGGAAAUACAACUCAAUGGAUUUCCCGAGACACACUAUUUCCAGUACAAUAAUAAACUCUUCAAAAUUGAGAUACACUACCUUAUGCAAGUAACUAGCACGACUAUGCAAAAUGGGUCUAUUUUUAAGCAUUAUUACCUCUUUGCAACUUCACCAAACUUUUAAAGUAGGUAUCAGUAUUAAUCCAGCUUUUGAUCAGUAGAUAAUGAACGAACCAAUUAGACUGAGACACAUGUCAGAAGCGGAGUUUGUACGAAUAAGUAUAAAGUUGCCAUAUUCGAGAGCCAGAGACUGCAUCUACGCCAAGCUAUAAAGCAUGAUAGGUUAUACCCACGGAGUAAGGAAAGAUGAGCGGAGAUACCAUAAUGUAUAUAAGUCAGGCGCCUUCUUUUAGGUCAAAUACAAGGUGGGCGUGACCAAAACGACUGAUCAUUUGACAAGAGUGAGCUUACGAGAUGUACGGGUUCUGACACAUCUGUCAACGAAUUUUUGUAUUACAAUAAAUUAUCAGGUCCAAAAAAUACUCAUGAUGUAACUACAGACAGUAACGUUCCUCGUCCUCCGCAUUUUGGCGCGCUACUUUCUCAAGAGAUUUUUCGUUAUGGCACGUCCGCUAGUCAUUUCGUUCUUCGUGGUUAUGAUACCUCUCUUGGGCUUUGAAGGUUUUGUCAGAAAGACACAAUAUGUUCCAGGCUCCGCUUUCACGUCGCCGUCAGCUUUCAGCCCAGUUCAGAGUAUGAAACAUGAAUUAUGUCGUUGACUACGAAACGCUACUGACGACAUUUCAGAAGAACUGAAUCUGUGGAUUUAUUAAUUCUUAAUUUGAAAUAGAAUAAUUGCAUUAAUACUUUUAAAAUCUUUAAAGUCUCUAUCCAAUUACAAAAAAAAGAAUUUAAUAAAUCAAACUACAAUAAAAAUAAAUAUAAUAGAGGUUUACUGUAAGUUACACAAUCUUUUUCCGAAUUUCCACUACAUAUAUACUUACCUAUCAUUCUCAUCUUUCGUAUUAUUAUGUUCAAGUUUACGAGGUAAAACGAGAAAGAUAAAGAAAAAUUAAAAGUGUUUAUUAUGACAAAUAAGUUUGUGCAGGAUUAGAUAUUAUGAUGGAUUUAAAUAUUCAUAAAGGUUUUGGCAGAGUACUUAUAAAAUAUUUUUAUGAAAACUUACAAGUAGGAGAACUUAUUACUGAGAUUUGGAUAUUUUCGAGAAUAAUAAAACAACAUCCUUUCUAUACAUAAUGUAAAUAAAUAUUCCUUGUGCAUGUUUAAGUGCAUUAAGAAGUUUUGUAUAAGAUAAUAAUUUGUAAUAUAAUUUUAAUAUGUAAGUAUAAUAAAAAAAUAGUAUAAGUCUAUGUAUUAUAAGAAGAAUUGUUUACAAAACUGAUAACUGUUAUGGGUAUUUUCACUUUUAAGACGUAAUUGAUUAAUUGUGCAUUUGAAAUGUAUAUUUGUAUCACUUAUAAAAUUGAAUAAUAUGUACAUAAAUUGUUUCACAUUUUUCCAGUUGUAACUCACAAAGUUACUUAGAUUUGUUACACUUUACUGAAGUAUUAACAACUUGUCGAUAAUCCAAAGAUGUGCUUAGUCUUAGACUUUUAGACUAGAAUACAUUUGCAUUAAAAGGUGUUCGACGUUUACGACCUUCUAUAAUAUAAAAAUGAGAAUAGCAAUGACCAGGAACGAGCAAACUUUUUGUAAGUCUUGUUUAAGUAAGCUUAUAGAAAAUUGCAACAUUCAUUUUCAGACGAAGUGAUCUUAUUAUAACUACGUUCUUCAUCACUCUACAGUCGACUUUAUGUCGUUCCUUCACUGUUUAACUGAAAAUAAUUCCUAAGAAAAGAUCGGUGCUAUUCUUAUUUUAUUAUUUACAUUUUGUAUGUACUUAAAUUUCGAUAUUUUUUAAUAUUAUUAUUAUUUAUUUGUAUGUAGUUUUGUCUUUUCGGGAGAAGGACUUGCAACAAAAGUCCAUUAUGUAAGACUGAGAUUAAAAAAUACUAAUGUCCGAAACGCAAAGGAAUAUCUCAUGUUUUAGUGACUGUUAUAUUUUAGUUUUAGUCCUUGUUUUGUUAUAAAAUGACCAACAGCAUAAUCGCGGAUUUGGCCAAUUUGUGGCAACAGGCACAUUUAUUUGACGAACAUUUUAAAUUGAUCAUUAAAAAAACAAUAUUGAAAUAAAUCAUAUUUUGUUUCUUAAAAUCCAGUGUGAUCUGGCCUAAGUUUACAAAAGUCUUAGAUUAUUCGAUAUGUGAGAUGACAUUUGUAAUUUUAGAUACCUAAUUUACGUUAUAAGUUUUGUUGUGGCAAUAUGGGCAACAAUAUUGUCCAUAAGUAAAUUGUUUUUUUAAGAAUUUAUAUUUUUGUUAAAAAUCACUACACCUAUUCCAUUAGUACCUAUGUGACAAGUAUUGUGUGAUUCAAAACAACAAUA